CCAGCACGAAGCUAAAUGGAUGGCAACUUAGUGGAGUAGAAGGCUUGGGAUAGGCUAUCUGUAGCCUGCUAUCCCUCGGAAGUGCGAUCAACAAAACUGAGACAGGCUACAUACAAAUACGAACUGAAGUUCCAGGAUGAAUUCUUCUGAUGACAUACCUUUGGACACCAAGCUACAGCAGCUGGAGCAGCUGGAGUGUCACUUCACCUGGGAUCUACCCAAAGAAAGUGCAGACCUGUCAGAUCUUCAGACCAGGCUGGAGGACCAAAUACAGUUGGACCUGGGGAAGAAAGCUGGGGCAAUCCGAUCAUAUUGUUUUUUAGCCUACGUCAGGUACCUACAAGGAUUCCUAGAUGAUGCCCUCACAAACCUGCUCAAAUCAGAAGAGUUAACAAAGGAAUACAAUGGUGACGAUUGUGAGCGAUUUCUCAUCGUCACCUAUGGCAACCUUGCCUGGCUACACUACCACCGAAGAUCAUACUCCCAGUGUGAGAGCUACUUGGAAAAGCUUGUGGGUAUAAAAGAGAAGUUCCCCACUACGUCACCGACUGAGCUUCACCCAGAAGUCUAUGGUCAGAAGGGCUGGACCUACCUCAAGUUCGCCCACAAGUACAAGCAGAUAGCAAAGCAGUGUUUUGAAAAAGCCUUGGAGCUGGAGCCAGAUGAGAGUGAGUGGAACGCUGGUUUUGGCAUUGCUCUACACCGCACAGAAAGCAAGAAGACAAGAUUAGAAGACUCGCUGGUGGUAAAGCAACUCCGACGAGCCCUCGAGAUAAACCCUGAAGAUGCCGUUUUAAUGGCGUUACUAGGCCUGAGACUGAGGAUGUUCCAAAAGCAUGACGAGGCUGAGAGGCUGAUUGAGGAGGCUCUGGAUAUGGAUCCUAGCAACCCCCAUGUCAUUCGCUAUGUCGGAAAAUGCUUCCGCCAAGGUGGCUCUGUAGACCGCUCCAUUGCGUUGCUCAAGAGAGCUGUGGAGCGUACUCCUAACUCAUGCUUCCUUCACCAUCAGCUAGCUCUGUGCUACAGGAAGAAGAAGGAUGACCUGUUCUGUAGAGGAGGUGCCAGGGGCAAGGGACGUGAGGUCAGACAGCUUAUCGCUCAGUGCAUCCAUCACCUGCAACUGGCUACAACACUGAAGUCUAACUUCAUUUUAGCCAUGGCUGAUCUUGCUCUGCACUACGGGCAGAAUAAAGAAAUUGACCGGGCCGAAGAAAUGUUCCAGGAGACGUUCAAAGCUGCAAAGGAGAACCACGACAAUGUGCAUAUAGUACACCAUUACUAUGGUGAGUUCCAGCAGUACCAGAAGAAAUCCCAAACACUAGCUAUCAAGCACUACAAGGACUGUUUGACACUGGGGUUCAAUACAGUUGAAGGGAGUAAGAGUGCCCGUUCCCUGAAGAAGAUAGCAGAGAAACGUCUGGCCAGAUACCCCAGAGAUGGAGAAGCCUUUGAAAUCCUGGAAUUCGUCCAAAGGGCAAAGGAAGCGAAGCCGUUUGAUGCUAACAAUGACGAGUGUCUCAGUACCCUGUUUGACCAACAAUUGUCUUUGCAGUAAUUAUUUUUCCAUGUCAUAUCACUUUCAACAAAUGUCAGAAAUAAUUACAGUAAAUACUAUACGUGGACAUCUCACCACAGCUUGGCUGAUGUGAACGGAUGGUUUGGCAGUGCAGUAUAGCAUGAUGUAAUAUAGUGAAGUUAUACAGUGGUAUGGACUUAUGCACUACAACAGGAAGCAAGAUUGGGCACAGAAAAAGGUCAAUUUAACUUACCCUCAUUCUAGGUGGGUUUUCAUGGAUGUUUUUUUUUUUUUUUUGGUCAUUCUGAUUAAACUAUUCCGAUUUUAAAAAAUGGGCUGUCUGUUCACAUGGAAUACAUUCUAUUCUGAUCAGAUGCUUUCAGACGCUCUAGAAUCUUUGCUCGGUUGCUUUACUUUUCCUUGAGAAGAUACAGCAGGCAAUCCGAUUGAGUUUUAUUCCGACCAAGAUGUUUAUAUAUGUUAUAUUUAUUCCAAUUGAGACAUUUUUCCGUUUCUAAUCAGAUUAAAAGUGUUAAUAUAAACCCACCUACUGACUCCAAAUGCUAACAGAAUAGUAUGCUGCUAUAAACCAAUAAGGGAAUCACUAUAUACUGUACAUUCCACAUUGAUUAAAAAAUUGCACAUCACUCACACUGCACUCCACUCUACACACAUCACUCCCUCACCAUGGAUUGGAACACACACUUGCUUGCACUCUUAACAACCUUAAGACUGUUACUGCAGUAAUAAAAAAAAAAGAAGCAAGAUGCCUAAGAUCGUUGUGCAUUAACCUCACAGACUGUUUUCUAAACUUUCAUAUUUUAAGACAUGCAUGUGUAGCUGAAAAUGUUGGGCCUUAUGAAAGACUAUAAAAAUCAGACCUUGGCAAUGAUAACAAUUAUGUCCAGGGCUCCUGUCAGGAUAAGGCUCUUGUAAUUGUGCUAACUUUUGUUAUCCUAACCAUGAAAUAAUGUAGCCUGACUCUCGCCAGACCCUUGUAGUUCCGCCAUGCUCCACCAGAGGCUGAGCUCCACACAAGGGUCUGGACGCGAGGGCAACCCAAACCCCUGGGCCAGUGAUCAAAAAAUAAUCGACCAAUCAGGAGCGCCGAAGCGAGUGUUUGAUUCAAAUAACAAUGGCGGCACGCAGCGAGGAGUCUUGUGCUGACAUUGAUUCUGCUAUUUCAACCGUUUUGUCGAAUCUAUCGAGUAUUCAUUCUUUAAAAGAUUAACAGAGAAUAGUUUUGAAGACAUUUAUUGGUGGCAAGGAUGUUUUUACUCUUCUUCCGACCGGGUUUGGCAAGAGCUUGAAGAAGCCUAGCACGUCAUUCAAGAUAACAGGCAAGUGGUUUAUCGAAUCACAUGCGAGGAUGUUUUACAAGGACCCGCCUUCAGAAAUACAUCUCCUAUCGAGAAGUCCCAGAUCCUUGUGUGAAGCAGACAGCGAACUACAGGAUCUGGCGAAAGUCAGGUUAGAAAUAAUGAGCACCAUCAAAGCAUUUUUCUUUCUGCCUUUAAGUUGCAGUCACUUUGCAUUGUAUUGCAACUGAAAUGUACUUGUUUGUGAAAGCAAACUGAACUUACAGAUAUUUGAAUAACUUUGUCUGAAUAAAGAUUGUAAUUUGGAGGCGUCUCUUUUAUGUUGUGACUGGAUGUGAGUAAAAGUGGACUGAUGCCUGAUUCAAAAGUAAGACUAAGAAAAGCUUUAUGCACAUACUGUAGGCCUACUUAUAUCUUCAGUUUACUUGAACCAUUGAAGGUAAUCUAUUUAACAUUUCCACCAGUCUUGAAAGAGCAAACAACAACAACAACAACAACACGUUACGUUUAUGUACAGUGCUUUUCUAAGCACUCAAGACAGUGCCCUCCUCUGUCUCCAGUUGCCAUGGAGAAAUCUGACGCUCCGGGGAAAAUCCGUACUCUGCACAUAGGCUGGUUCAGGGCUAUUUGGUUUUCCUCUCGCUCU